AUGAGCCAUCAGCUAAAGGGCCCAGGGGAGGAAGGUGACAGGUCCAGGAGGACCCCCUCGAUGAAGCGGACUGGUCUAGCCGAGAAGGCGCCAGGCAGGCGCAGAGCCCAGCCAGGCCAGAAGGAGCUGGCCGGGGGCAGCCCGGGGUCCGGGUCUCCUCGGAGGAAGCAGGCAGAGCGCAGGGGACGCCGGGAGCUGCUGGGGGACCGCGAGCGGGGGUCCGCAGAGAAGACCUGCGGAGGGAGGAGGAAGAAGGAUGGGAGGGCUUCCCUCAGGGAGCAGAGAGCUCCUUCAAAGAAGGAAAAGGAGGCCCGGAGGAAGGAAGAAAUGUGGAAGCAGCUGAAGAAACACAGGUCAUCCUCCGUGCCCUCCAGUACCUCCAGUGGGGAGUCUCUGUCUGAGGAGGAACUGGCCCGGAUCUUGGAGCAGGUGGAAGAUAAGAAGAAGCUGAUCGCCAGCAUGCGGAGCAAGCCUUGGCCCAUGGCGAGGAAGCUGGCGGAGCUCAGGGAGGCCCAAGAAUUUGUGGAGAAGUAUGAAGGAGCCUUGGGAAAGGGCAAAGGCAAGCGACUCUACGCCUAUAGGAUGCUGAUGGCUAAGAAAUGGGUCAAGUUUAAAAGAGACUUUGAUAAUUUCAAGACUCAAUGUAUCCCCUGGGAAAUGAAGAUCAAGGACAUUGAAAGUCACUUUGGUUCCUCGGUGGCAUCAUAUUUCAUCUUCCUCCGAUGGAUGUAUGGAGUUAACCUUGUCCUUUUUGGCUUAAUAUUUGGUCUAGUCAUAAUCCCAGAGGUGCUAAUGGGUAUGCCCUAUGGAAGUAUUCCCAGAAAGACGGUGCCUCGGGCUGAGGAAGAAAAAGCCAUGGAUUUUUCUGUUCUUUGGGAUUUUGAGGGCUACAUCAAGUAUUCUGCUCUCUUCUAUGGCUACUACAACAACCAGAGGACCAUCGGUUGGCUGAGGUACAGGUUGCCCAUGGCUUACUUCAUGGUGGGGGUCAGCGUGUUCGGCUACAGUCUGAUGAUCGUCAUUAGAUCGAUGGCCAGCAACAACCAGGGCAGCACGAGCGAGGGGGAGAGUGACAACUUCACCUUCAGCUUCAAGAUGUUCACCAGCUGGGACUACCUGAUUGGGAAUUCAGACACGGCUGACAACAAAUACGCCUCCAUCACCACCAGCUUCAAGGAGUCAAUAGUGGAUGAACAAGAGAGUAACAAAGAAGAAAAUGUCCAUCUGACAAGAUUUCUCCGUGUCCUGGCCAACUUUCUCAUCAUCUGCUGCUUGUGUGGAAGUGGGUACCUCAUUUACUUUGUGGUGAAGCGAUCCCAGGAAUUUUCCAAAAUGCAGAAUGUCAGCUGGUAUGAAAGAAAUGAGGUAGAAAUUGUGAUGUCUCUGCUUGGGAUGUUUUGUCCUCCUCUGUUUGAAACCAUUGCCGCCCUGGAGAAUUACCACCCACGCAUUGGACUGAAGUGGCAGCUGGGGCGCAUCUUUGCACUCUUCCUGGGAAACCUCUACACCUUUCUCUUGGCCCUGAUGGAUGACGUCCACCUGAAGCUUUCUAAUGAAGAGACGAUAAAGAACAUCACUCACUGGACUCUGUUUCACUACUACAACUCCUCAGGUUGGAAUGAGAGUGUCCCCCGGCGCCCCCUGCACCCUGCAGAUGUGCCCCGGGGUUCUUGCUGGGAGACGGCGGUGGGCAUUGAAUUCAUGAGGCUGACAGUGUCCGACAUGCUGGUGACAUAUAUCACCAUCCUGCUGGGCGACUUUCUGCGGGCUUGUUUUGUCCGGUUCAUGAACUACUGCUGGUGCUGGGACCUGGAGGCUGGAUUUCCCUCAUAUGCUGAGUUUGAUAUUAGUGGAAAUGUGCUUGGUUUGAUCUUCAACCAAGGAAUGAUCUGGAUGGGUUCCUUCUACGCCCCAGGACUGGUGGGCAUCAAUGUGCUGCGCCUGCUGACCUCCAUGUACUUCCAGUGCUGGGCGGUGAUGAGCAGCAAUGUCCCCCACGAACGCGUGUUCAAGGCCUCCCGCUCCAACAACUUCUACAUGGGCCUCCUGCUGCUGGUGCUCUUCCUCAGCCUCCUGCCCGUGGCCUACACCAUCAUGUCCCUUCCGCCCUCCUUCGACUGCGGGCCAUUCAGUGGGAAAAACAGAAUGUAUGACGUCAUCCAAGAGACAGUUGAAAAUGAUUUCCCAACCUUCCUGGGCAAGAUCUUUGCCUUCCUCGCCAAUCCAGGCCUGAUCAUUCCAGCCAUCCUGCUGAUGUUCCUGGCCAUCUACUACUUGAACUCAGUUUCCAAAAGCCUUUCUCGAGCAAAUGCCCAGCUGAGAAAGAAAAUCCAAGCGCUCCGUGAAAUUGAGAAGAGCCACAAAUCUGUCAAAGGCAGAGCCACACCCAAAGAUUCAGAGGACACGGAUAAAGGCAACUCCAAAAAUGGCACCCAGCUCACCAAAGAAGGGACUGCACAUCACCCUGCUAGCCAAAGCCAGACCCUGGACCAGAAGGCGCAGGGCCCUGGGGCCUCCAGUUCUGCCAGCAAGACUGUGCUGCCUGCCUCCCAGCUCCUCCCUGUAUCUCGGGCCCCUGGUGUCAGACCAGAGUCUGGCCAAGCCCGUCCUCAGGCUCAUCCUUGGAGGUCAACCUCUGGAAAGCGGGCCUGGAGACCACCCCACUGACAGCUGGGACUAAUGGAGCAUGGUCCUGGGGCUGAUCCUCAGGCCCCACCAGCUCACCCCACCUCCCCAAAUCAUUCUCUUCCUCUCUUCUCUCACACACACUCAUGUUCUCUCUACUCUCACUGAAUGUGGGAACUUUGAUUACUCAGUCUCAGGCUCUUGUUAGCUACCAAGAGGACACUGGCUUCACCCACCUCUUUGGAGAGCUGAGCCUUCCCCCCACAAACUACCCAUCCCAGAGUCCUGGCUCAGGCAGCUCUAGACCCUGCAUUCACGGCAGAUUCCCUCAGCUCCAGACUCAGGGAGAGGGGGCAAGGCCAUGAUCACCAUCAUAGACUUUUGCACGGAGCCCACGUGGGGACAGGUUUCUACCAGCUCCACCAACUGGGAAGAGGUUGAAGAGGGACACACAUUCCUGACCACCAACCACUUCCUUCCAAAGGGGGUGAUGCAGUGUAAACAGAAGGUUCAAGGAGCCAAUGAUAAUAAAAGUAAAAUGAAGUCCAGCCUUGGUGAGUGGGAAAAUGGUGAUUCUCCAGAAACUAGCUGGAGGAGAGCUGAUGCCAUCAAGCAUCAAAAGUGCACUGGAGUCUCCCUGGCAGCAAGGCAAAGAGAGAGCAGCAUGGUUCCUCUGACCUAAUUGAAGGUAUUAGUCACUCAGUCGUGUCUGACUCCAGACCCCAUGGACUAUGGCCCACCAGGCUUCUCUGUCCAUGGAAUUCUCCAGGCAAGAAUACUGGAGUGGGUUGCCAUUUCCUUCUCCAGAGGAUCUUCCUGACCCAGGGAUCAAACCUGGGUCUCCUGCAUUAUAGAUGGAUUCUUUACAUUCUGAUCCAUCAGGGAAGCCCUGGUGAAACAAAAUAUUGCUCAGGGUAGAAAAUUCUUUCUCAUGCACAAAAUUCUAAAAUGAAUGAUUGUUUACUGUAAAAGGUUUGGGGGGGGGGGGCGUGGAGUUCUGCAAAGGGUACAGUGUAGAGCCUUGUCUCUGGUGAUCACAUCCUGGUUCUGUGCAGAAGUCUCAUGGGGGCACCAGCCCUGGAGGCCAGACCACUGAGGAGGCCUUGCCAGCAUGAGGCAAGUGUCGGCAGGGUGCCAGUCUCAGUCCAGGACUCCCAGAGGUUACCCUCAGUCUUCCAAGGCUGACCAAUAUCCCUACUCACCCACCACAAAUACAAAUUAUCCUGUUCUGAUGACACAUAACUUUAUGUGAAGGAAUGUAUGUUAUCUAUUGUUACAUAAUAAAUUAUCCCCCAAACUUAACAGCUUAAAACAACAAACAUUUGUUAUCUCACACAGUUUCUGUGGAUCAAGA